AUGACUUCAAAAUUUGCUGAAAACGAAAGGAAACUUACCGAGACCAGAAUGUCUCAGAUGGAGCGGAAGAUCGAAAAGACGAUGAAGAUGUUAGCAGAUCUCGAUGUUUCUGGAGACGAUACUAAAGAAGCGAAUAGAAAAUUGGUCAAGGACCAAAUUGCCCCACAGAUCCCGAUGUUAAAAGAUGGAGCUGCUAGGAGCAACGGUAUUUUGUUCAUUGAAUAUUACAAUGCCUUAACUAGCGUUUUGGAAGCUCAUGACUGUGGUCAGGUGAAGGUGCUUUUUGAAGCGAACAAGUCUGAUUCUUGCAAAGGAUCAACUGAAGCCAUUGCCAACGAGGCGAUUCGAAGCACGAUUGACAGUGCUGUUUAUGCGAGGUUGAGAAGACACCAUUUGAGAAUGAAGGGUGAAUACCCUACUGCUGUUGGUCUUCUCCACAUGUUGCGUGAUCGCUAUUGGGGAUUGAAAUAUACAUCUGAAUCAUUUAUGAACGUUUUGGACGAUGUCAAGUAUGAUGAUUAUAGGAAACCGGUUAUUGAUUAUUUCGAUAUCAUUGACAAUAUCACUACAGCUAUGAAAUGGUGUGGUUGUUAUCACGGGGAUACGGAUAUUUUGGCCCAUCUUAGACCCGGUGUCGCUGAAUCGAUUAAAGGAAAUUGUUCAGAAUUUGAUGAAAUAAACGACUUAGUUGAAUUUAAGAAAUGGAUCGAAAGAAAAGUCAAGUCUAAACGUAAUGCUGCGAUUGUUUCGAAGUCGCUUUCCAAGUCAAUCUUUGUGACUUCCAACAAGCAAGGUUAUUCCAGCAUUUCGAAAAACAAGAAAAGACAAGAGCCGCCGAAUAAUAACCGUUCGCAUGGAUCUGAUCAUCAGAAGAAGGAUCAAUCUAACAAAGGCAAGAAGAAUGAGAGGAAGGAGAAUAUGAAUAAUGUCAAAUUGAGCGAUGAAUCUACUAAUAUCUCCGAGUUACAAGUCCUAGGCAGCGUGCCAAUGGAUAAUUUUAUCUUAAUUGAUAAUGGCGCUGCCAUUAGUCUCACAGGUCAUAGGGAAUGGCUACAUGAUUACAUGCCUUUCCGCAAGGACGAUAAAGUUUUCUCUGUUGGUUAUGACGAUAGUCAAAAGAAAUUGGAAGGUUCCGGUAGGAUAAUCUUUAAUUACAUGGGAAAUGUUCUUACACUCUACCUACACUAUUAUGAGGGUGCUCCUACUAUCUUUUCAGAAGACGAUAUCAACCGUUGCCCUGAAUGCCGAAUUCAGACCUAUUUUCACGAUUUUGGUACCAAAUCUCAGACUUAUUCAAAGGUUCUCAAUGUUGGAGAUGAAUGUAUUCAGUUAGUUCAAGUUAACAAGCUAUGGUAUAUACCAGGUGAUUUUAAUCAGUUUAUGAUUGGUGGAGGACAAUUGCAUAUAAACAACUUACAUCUUAAAUUGGCUCAUGCUAACCCUAGGCUAAUCAAAAAGUCUAUUAAUCAUGGGACGAUUACUGCUUCGAAGAAGGAAAUAAAGGAACUUGAUGAAUUGCUCAGCAAAGGUUGUGUUGAUUGUAUGGAAGCGAAGGCRAGACGAGCAAAUGCUAUAGAGGGUUCAAGAGACUAUUACUUGCGUCCUAUUCCUUUUGAUGUUGUUUAUUCCGAUGUUUGCAUUGUCAAGACGCACACGAGUGUUGGCGAAAUGGGUUGCUUUGUUACUUUUAAGGACCAAUAUACUAAGUAUACAACGGUUUUUAUGAUGAAACACAAGAGUGAUGUUGCUCGUGCAGUUGAUAAAUACGUUCGAUGGGUAUCAAACCAAUUUAGCAAGGAAGGAUACAGAGUGCAUAAAAUCUUCUCAGAUAAAGGGCURUUCAGGGCAUAUAUCUUGGAUGGAGCAAUGAAACCUUUGGUUGCCAAGUCUUCAUCCCGAAUACGCCAGGAGACACACGUUACGGGUACAUUUACGGAUACACGCCAUGUUCAAUUUAUGAACCCGUCUGUACUUUAUACAGACUAUUUUCUUACACCUCAAUCACGCGUGGAUGAUUCAUUGCAGUCACUUUAUGAUCCAAGAAUUGAGAUUUUUGCCGAUCUAUCUGCUGAUGAAUGCAUCAAGUGA